AUGUACAUUGUGCUAAUCACUAGAUUAUGCUCAUCAACAGUGUAUCUGUUUGACACUUCUUUCUUCUUUGUCCCUGUGUCUUUCCUCUCCCUUUCCAUCUCAGCUCGCGAGGAGUACGUUGCCACCUUCAAGGGUUCUGAGUACUUCUGCUAUGACUUAUCGCCCAACCCCAUCCAAUCUAGCAGUGAUGAAAUCACACUCUCCUUCAAGACGCUGCAGCGUAAUGGCCUGAUGCUGCACACUGGCAAGUCAGCUGACUAUGUGAACCUGGCACUAAAGAACGGUGCCGUGUCGCUUGUCAUUAACCUUGGCUCUGGGGCUUUCGAGGCCUUGGUGGAGCCCGUCAACGGCAAGUUCAACGACAACGCCUGGCAUGACGUCAAGGUCACCCGCAACCUGAGACAGCACUCAGGCAUUGGACACGCUAUGGUGACGAUUUCUGUGGACGGGAUCCUGACCACAACGGGUUACACACAGGAGGACUACACCAUGCUGGGCUCUGAUGACUUCUUCUAUGUGGGAGGGAGUCCCAGCACUGCUGAUCUGCCUGGUUCUCCUGUCAGCAAUAACUUCAUGGGCUGCCUCAAAGAGGUGGUGUACAAGAACAAUGAUGUACGGUUGGAGCUGUCUAGACUGGCAAAACAAGGAGACCCGAAAAUGAAGGUGAGUGGUGUGGUCUCCUUUAAAUGUGAGAGUGUUGCGACCCUGGACCCAGUGACCUUUGACACCCCAGAGUCUUUCGUGGCACUGAGCAAGUGGACAGCGAAGAAGGCAGGAUCAAUAUCAUUUGACUUCAGGACCACUGAGCCGAAUGGGCUGAUGCUUUUCAGCCAUGGCAAACCCCGACAACAGCAACGCAAAGAUCCACGCACCCCUCCCACUAUCAAGGUGGAUUUUUUUGCCAUUGAGAUGCUGGAUGGGCACCUGUACCUUCUGCUGGACAUGGGUUCAGGAACCACCAAGACAAAGGCCAUUGACAGAAAGGUCAACGACGGAGAAUGGUACCAUGUUGACUUCCAGAGAGAUGGACGCUCAGGAACCAUCUCAGUGAAUAGUGUGAGGACAGCAUACACAGCUCCAGGAGACAAUGAAAUUCUGGACCUGGAUGACACCUUGUACCUCGGAGGGCUACCUGAGGACCGCGCUGGACUCAUUUUCCCUACAGAGGUGUGGACGGCUCUGUUGAACUAUGGCUAUGUGGGCUGCAUCAGAGACCUGUUUGUGGAUGGACAAAGCAAAGACAUCCGAAGACUAGCUGAAGCUCAGAAGGCAGUGGGGGUGAAGCCCUCGUGCUCCAAAGAGCCACCCAAACAGUGCCUAUCCAACCCAUGCCAGCACAACGGCAACUGUAGGGAAGGCUGGAAUCGCUACGUCUGUGACUGCUCUGGGACGGGCUACCUAGGACGCUCCUGUGAGAGAGAUGCAACCAUCCUCUCCUACGAUGGCAGUAAGUUUAUGAAGGUGCAGCUGCCUGUAGCGAUGCACACUGAGGCAGAGGACGUCUCGCUACGCUUUCGCUCCCAGAGGGCCUAUGGCGUUCUCAUGGCAACCACAUCCCGUAACUCCGCAGACACCCUCCGUCUAGAGCUGGAUGGGGGCCGUGUUCGACUCACUGUCAACUUAGACUGUAUCAGGAUAAACUGUACAGCCAGUAAAGGCCCAGAAACCAUCUUUGCUGGGUCAAACCUCAAUGAUAAUGAGUGGCACACGGUGAGGGUAGUCCGGCGUGGAAAAAGCCUCAUACUCACCGUGGAUGACCUGCAGCCUGUUGAAGGUCAGAUGGCGGGAGACCACACCCAGCUGGAGUUGCACAACGUGGAGACGGGUAUUGUGACGGAGAAGCGCUUCAUGCCUGCCGUGCCUUCCAAUUUCAUUGGCCACCUUCAGGGCCUGACGCUAAACGGCAUGCCCUACAUUGACCUGUGCAAGAAUGGCGACAUCGACUAUUGCGAGCUCAACGCUGUUAUUGGCUAUAAGAGCAUCGUGUCUGACCCCAUAACCUUCCGGUCCCGCUCCAGUUUCGUCACACUGCCCACACUGCAGGCUUAUUACUCCAUGCAUCUCUUCAUGCAGUUCAAGACUACGUCCCCAGAUGGUCUAAUUAUCUUCAACAGAGGAGAUGGCAAUGACUUCAUAGUCAUAGAACUAGUUAAAGGCUAUCUUCAUUACAUCUCAGACCUGGGCAAUGGAGCACACUUGAUCAAGGGCAACUCAAACAGUCCUCUUAAUGAUAACCACUGGCAUAAUGUGCACAUUUCCCGGGAUACCAACAAUCUCCACACAGUCAAGAUUGACACCAAAGUUACUACACAGACCACGAUGGGUGCCAAAAACCUUGACUUAAAGGGUGAUCUGUACAUUGGGGGUGUUUCCAAAGAGAUGUACAGAGAACUGCCUAAGCUGGUCCACUCUCGUGAGGGAUUUCAAGGUUGCUUAGCUACGGUUGACCUAAAUGGUCGGCUUCCGGACCUUUUGGCGGAUGCAUUGACAACCAUGGGGCAAGUGGAGAGAGGUUGUGAAGGUCCCAGCACCACGUGUCAAGAAGACUCCUGCUCAAAUCAGGGAGUUUGCUUGCAGCAGUGGGAGGGCUUCACCUGUGAUUGCAGCAUGACCUCAUAUGCUGGACCCCUGUGCAAUGAUGCCGGCACCACUUAUAUCUUUGGCCGUGACGGAGGUGUGGUGGUUUACACCUGGCCGCCUAAUGAACGCCCCAGCACCAGGGCAGACCGACUCGCCCUCGGCUUCAGCACCCAACAGAAACACGCGGUCCUUCUCCGAGUGGACAGUGCAUCUGGCCUGGGAGACUACCUUCAGCUGCAAAUAGACAAAGGCAACAUUAGGGUGGUGUUCAAUGUUGGUACUGAUGAUAUCAACAUCGAGGAGAGCACCAAGUUUGUCAACGAUGGGAAGUACCACAUUAUCCGGUUCACCCGCAGUGGUGGCAAUGCAACCCUCCAGCUGGACGACCUGCCGGUCAUAGAGCGCUACCCCUCAGGCAACAUUGAUAACGAGCGCCUGGCCAUCGCCAGACAGCGAAUCCCCUAUCGGCUCGGUCGAGUAGUUGACGAUUGGCUACUCGACAAAGGUCGCCAGCUGACCAUCUUCAAUAGCCAGACGACAGUGCGUGUUGGGGGAGGCGAGCGAGGGGCCGCCAUGUUCCAGGGCCAGCUCUCUGGCCUUUAUUACAAUGGCCUCCGCAUCCUGAACAUGGCAGCAGAGGGACACCCUCACAUCAAAGUGGAGGGAAGCGCUCGGCUGGUCGGCGACAUGCCAUCUUCCUCCAUCACCCCGCAGUCCAGCGCGGCAGCUGGAGGCAACCGCUCUGACUCCGCCCCCUCCAUCAGCGACAUCACAACCACCACGGCCACAAACAGGAAUAAGGGUACAACAACGCAGAAUGCAGAUGACUUGCUGGUGGCGUCAGCUGAGUGUCCGAGUGAUGAUGAGGACAUUGAACCAUGUGACCCCAGUUCAGCCCGACCUCCUGUGACAGAGAUUAAGGUGUUCCAGGGUCCAUCUGAAGUGGUGCGAGAAAGCAGCAGCACCACAGGCAUGGUGGUGGGCAUCGUGGCAGCCGCUGCCCUCUGCAUACUGAUCCUCCUUUACGCCAUGUACAAGUAUCGCAACCGUGACGAAGGCUCUUACCACGUGGACGAGAGACACAACUACAUCAGCAACACAGCCACACAACCCAAUGGCAGUGCCAAGGACAAGCCACUGGGCAUCCCUAAGAUCUCCAAGAACAAGAAGAACAAAGACAAGGAGUACUAUGUCUGA